CCCAUGUAAUUCACAUUACGAGACAUACGCCCCCCGACGCAGGACGACGACACCGACAUUGCCAUUGGUGAGGGGCAGCCACGGCGUCGCUGUGGCCAGGACCGGGCAGCAUCCACGGCAGACCAGCAUUGGCAUAGGCUUGAGGAUUUGUUGGCUGUUGCUGCUGCUACCCCAGACCCCGGCUCAAGAUGCUGCAACAGCAACACCAACAGCAUUCCAAACAGCAGCAUCCGCCGGCCCUGCUGCCGCCGCAACCCAAGCCAGGACGACGUCCCAGCAGGCUGGGCUAUCCCGUGGCGCUCCUAGUGGCGGCGAUGGCGCAUACAACGCAACUUAUAGUAUUCCAGCCCUCGGCUACGAGUCCGCCCACACCAGCAGCGGCCACAGUGAUAAUUCCAGCGCAGCAACAGCCGAUUCCGAUUCCGAUUCCGACUCCGAGGAGGAUGCUGAGCCGAUGCUGCCACAGAUUCCGCCGUAUAUACGCACAACCGCCAUGUUCUUCUGCAUAGCCAUCAUGCUGCUGGGAGUUGUAGGGAACGUGAUGGUGCCCAUUGUGAUUAUUAAGACGAAGGAUAUGCGCAACUCCACAAACAUUUUCCUCACCAAUCUCAGCAUCGCCGACCUGCUGGUGCUCCUCGUCUGCACGCCCACCGUCCUCGUCGAGGUUAACACGCGCCCAGAGACCUGGGUACUUGGCCACGAGAUGUGCAAGGCCGUUCCGUUCGUUGAGCUGACGGUGGCCCACGCCAGCGUUCUGACCAUCUUGGCCAUCUCAUUCGAGCGCUAUUACGCAAUCUGUGAGCCAUUAAAGGCCGGCUACGUCUGUACCAAGGGGCGUGCCAUCCUCAUCUGCGUCCUGGCCUGGGGCAUUGCUGCGCUUUUUACGAGUCCCAUCAUCGCCAUUUCCAGCUACAGCGUAGAGCCCUAUGGAGACGGCACCGACGCCCCAGUCUGCACCACAGCGGCCGAUGGCUUCUGGCCGAUCUUUUACUUUGUGGGCAGUAUCACGGUGUUCUUCUUUCUACCCUUCGGCAUCCUGGUCCUGCUGUACGCGGCCAUUGCCUACAAGCUGCUGCGGCCAAACAAUGCCUUCCAUAGGCCCACCUCGCCACAGCCGCAGCCGGCGACUGCCACGGCCACGGCCACGACAACACCCAGCACCAAAGGCAACAGCCAUCAGCAGAGCAAUGGCAUGAGGAAGCACCGCAAGCAGGUGAUUUUCAUGCUGGUGGCGGUGGUCUCCAGUUUCUUUGUGUGUCUCCUGCCCUUCCGAGCAUUCACGCUGUGGGUGAUCAUGGCCAGUGGGGAGGAUGUUGAGCGCCUGGGCAUCGCAGGCUACUACAAUCUGCUGUACUUCUCGCGAUUCAUGCUGUACCUAAAUUCGGCCAUGAAUCCCAUCCUCUACAACCUGAUGUCGUCCAAGUUCCGGAGCGGCUUUUGGCGGCUGCUGCUUACAUGCCUGGGGCAGAGGCCCAGCCAUCAUCAUCGCCAUAAUCACUACCACCAGCGGCAGCAACCGACGGCAGGCGGCAGCAUGCGAAACACUUUGCGAAGACAGGCCAAUGAUGCUGACGAGGGAGCUACUUUGGCCGGCCGCACCGGUGGUACCCGGCCGCCUCACCGAACGUUGCGUCGCGAGGCCACAUUUCUGAUCAACUCCAUAUCCACGUCUUCGGGCACGGAUCGCACAACCUCGUCCUCCGCCUGGCGAAGCAAUAGUCUGUCCACUUCCGGGCUGGGCGAGCGCGAACGGGGCAUCCUGGGUGCCGCCAUCAUAGGAACUACCGCGGCGACGGUAACAACCGCUUGCCUGCAGGAGCGUCGAUCCAGCAAAACCUGAACACUGCCCUCCCAUUGAAUUGUACGAGUAUUUUAGUUGAAUUCCAACAGCAAAUAGUCAUAGUAUUUAGAAGAAAUUUCGUUGUAAAGACUGAAGUACCUCAGAAGAAGUCAAUAAACGCUAGAGAAUGUUUUUGAAACCAUGUUUUUUCGUUUUGUUUGUUCCGGCCUUCACUUUGUCCCCACAGCUACAAUUGGGCAAUAAAACAAACCUUUCAUAGGCAUCGUUACAGAUUUUAUUGUAUUUAAGCGAAAUAUAAAAUCAAAUUCAGGCGAAAGUGAAAGCCGAAACUGAAUGUUAUGUAUGUGUAUGUGGUAUGUAAGUAAUGUUUUCUAUGCAGUUGUGUGCCUUGUUCCCAAACCUUUUAAUAUUUUACGCUCACGCAAUUUUUAUUAAACUUCAUCGUUAUAUCGUCAUUAUUACACUAAUUAUGUGCCUACACAAAUCCAUCGCGUCACUCGAAAAUACAAAUACACACAAUUUGUUUUUGUUAAUGCCAAAAGUGAUCGUUCUUUUGAUUUACAUAAAAUUUGAAAUAUGACAGAGACAAGUGGCGAGCACCAUAGAUAAAUAUGUUUCAAACACACACACACGCACACAUAUACAAAGUACGUAGUUGCAAGGAGCAGCAGCCUCGUACAGAUGGUGGCUCUCCCCUCGCGUAUCAUCAUGUAUGCUGGAGUGGAUCUAUAUCUGUGCAUGUGUGUGAAUUUUAGUUAGUAUCGUUUCGCGCUGCUGUGAUAAGUAACUCUCUUAAGUUAGGUUAGAUUUAGAUUAAGUUAAUUGCUACACCGUUUUGCAUCUUUGCACUACUUAUGGAACAGAACGGUUCAGAAAUCAGAAAGACGGUUAGUAUCAGUAAUCGGCCAUGUGAAUGGGUAUGGGUGUGUUCGGGAUGUUUGGAGUUUUGUUGGGUUGGCUACAUACCUAUUACAUAUAUGUAUGUAUGUAUAUUUGCUUAAAGUGUGUACUCUCGCGUCCACGGAUCGGAAUCAUACAAACGCAU